GGGAGCGGGGCGGCCCCUCCGCCUGACGGGCGGCCGCGGGCGCGUCGCUGCCUGGAGGGCGGCAGGGCGUCUCGGUGGGAUGAGAAUUCCCUGGAAUGGCCGCUGGAAUGAUCCCACGAUGAGGAUGAUCGAGAGCGUGGACUCCGCGGUGGUCAGGUCCAGCGAGGACCUCUGGGCUGAGAUCUGCUCCUGUCUGCCUCAUCCCGAGCACAAGGAGGCCGGCGAUGCUUUCACAGACUCCUUCGUGGAUUCCUACGCCGAGGGCGGCGGAUCGGGUGCCUCUUCCCGGCCCACCCUGAAGCCCUGGGCACCCCUGAAUGACUCAGAGGUGUAUUUAGCAUCCCUGGAGAGAAGACUGAUGAGGAUCAAAGGCCUGUCCCAGGAGGUGACCUCCAAGGACAUGCUGCGCACGCUGUCCCAGGCCAAGAAGGAAUGCUGGGACAGGUUCCUGCAGGAGAAGUUUGAGGCGGAAUGUUACGUCGAGGGCCACGACGCCGACGAGAGCACGCUGGAGCACCUGAAGCGCUGGCUGCAGCCUGACAAAGUGGCCAUCAGCUCCGAGGAGGUGCAGUGCCUCAUCCCGCCGGAAUCGCAGCCGGAGAAGCCGGAGGCCGAGGAGGAGCCUCCGGCUGCGGAGCAGUGAGAGCCCCCAGCCCUGCCCGGGGCUUCCUCUUGUCCCAACCCCCCGGGAAGAUGUACCCAGCCAUAGGAAUAGCAGGAAAGGGGGGCACAGAGCAAAUGAUCAGUAACUGAGGAAGUAAUUUUUACGAGAAAGAGCCCCCGACGCACCAAAUUCCAGCUCUGGAGCUCCGCAGACGGCGGCUGGCGCUGCUGGGGACGAGAGGGAGCGCCUGUGACACGGCUGAACCAGAACCUCAUGGUGAUCUCCAGCCUGCAACCACCUCAUCAUUCCAGCCUGGAUGUGGAUUGUUUGGAAUCCAUCAGGAGACACAUUCAGCAACAACAACAACAAUAACAAAAAAAAAAAUAAUAGCAGUUGUCAAGAAGCGCCAGAAAAAACAUCACGGUCUAGAACAGAGCAGAGAAACCACUGAAUCACUUCCUUCCCGUCUUUUACCUUUUCAUCACUCAGCUGGGCAUUUGUUUCCCUCUCCUGCCGAAUCCACUUUGAUGUUUUCUCCAGUCUGACUCGGCCCCAGGCUGUGCCAGGACGCAGACAGAUCUUUUUCUCACCUCUGUGAAUUUGGGGGCCUGAAGGAAGCUCUCACUGCCGUCAGUAAAUUGCUGGUGUCAUUGAUGUUGUAGCUGUUUCACAUUCCUCUCUGCAAUGUACCCCCUAAUAUCCCACUUUAUUGCCCAAACUCUCUGUUAUAGACUGUAGGGGGAGUAUUUUUCCUCUUGUUGGUCAUUUUGUACCUCUUCUUUAUUCCUUCAGCCUCUCCAGAACACGAUCAGGUGAGAUUCUGUAUUGGGAAGUUAAGAGGGAGGCUCAGCCAGGGAGGCCACAAACAGCUCCUUUUCGUCACAGCAUUGCGUAGAAUUCUCUGACUUGAAGUAUAUUUAGUACUUAAUUGUUCAUUUCGCCCCGCUUAACUCUUCGAAGGGUUAUCCCCUUUUACUAAUGGGUGAUUUUUGUGCAGAUUUUUCGCUGAUCUGUGUGUUCUGCCUCGGCGCCGACACUGGAGGUCGGUAGAGGGAAGCAGCACGGCCUCCCGGAGCUCCUUAGGGGAAAUCUGUGUUUCUAGGAGUUAAUCCGCACCGCAUUCGUCUCGCGUUCGUUUAUGUAUCUGUUUGAAAAUACUUUUUUUUUUUAGGAAUAAAUUCUUGCUGGAGCCUC